AUCUUGAUUUCCAAAAUGGAUUCCAGCGAAGGAGCGGCUGCUCGCGUCCUGCCCGUCGCCAGCAGCGCCUCUGCACCCAAAGCCCUGGCUCAGGUCCCCGCUGGUGAGUCCAGAUGCAGUGCCAGGCUGAGGAGGAGCGACUCCGUCAGCCUCUCAAAGACGAUUAUGAAACGCAGUCUGAGGCAAAGUAUCAAGACGAGGCUCUCCAGAGUGUCUCUGCUCUCCAGUGAGAGGAGCGGGUUCUCAUCUGUGGUCCUGACAACAAACACACCCGCUCCAACAGUCUCCAUCCUUCACAACGAUCUCAUCACUCCGAGAUACCUGCUGAGGAACAUCCUGGAGACAGGGCCUGAGGUGCCUCUCCUGGCUCAGGAGGGGGCUGAAAAGAAGAAAACCCAGUUGCCUUCUGUUGAACCCACCGUGGUCCACCGACCCAGCACGGAGCUGUCAGAGCUGGACCUGCCUGAGAUGACCGCGACGACCACAGUGAGCACGAGGAAGGGCCUGGGAAGGGGGCGACCGCGUCGAAGCCUUAAUGUCUCCACCUUCGAGAGGAAUCUGGGAGAAAAUGAUGAGCCUGAGGGUCCUCUCCUGGCUCAGGAGGGGGCUAAAAAGAAGAAAACCCAGUUGCCUUCUGUUGAACCCACCGUCGCCCACCGGCCCAGCACGGAGCUGUCAGAGCUGGACCUGCCUGAGAUGACCAUGAUGACCAGAGCCAGCACGAGGAAGGGACUGGAAAGGGGGCGACCGCGUCGAAGCCUUAAUGUCACCACCUUCGAGAGGAAUCUGGGAGAAAAUGAUGAUGUGGAAGAGAAGGGUGAAGAAAUUGCAGGAGAGCUUUCAUCGUUGUCUUUGGGAUCUGCCACUCGGCGUUUCAAGAUGUCGUAUGCAGAGGUUCUCACUGAGAGAACGGGACUGAGGAGACAGAUAACGAACCGUUGCAGAAUCAGCGUGGAGGAAUUUGGUGCCGCACUUCAGAAGAGAGAAACAGCAGGACAGAAUAGUCAGGAGGUCAUGUUGUCUAUCAAUGAGAUGGCCCACUCUGAGGACUUCACCCUGGGCCUCAGCAACUUCUCUCAGCCUGGCUUCACUACUGACAUCGCCAACCAGGAUACAUCCAUCUAUGCUCCAUUGUCCUCCAUCCUGGAAGAGGAUAUGGUAUCCAAUAAUCUGGCAGUAGAAGACGGAACAGAUAAUGGCAGAAAAGAUCAGGCAGUAGAAGAAGUCAAACCUGUGAAUGAGAUAGAAGAGGAAGAGUUCGGGGCAGAUUCACAGACAGAGGAAGAAGUUAUAGUGGGAGAUGAUCAGGCAGUAGAAGUCAAAGCUGUGAAUGAGGCAGAAGAGGAAGAGUUCAGGGGGGAUUCACAGACAGACGAAGAAGAUAUGGUGGCAGAUGAUCAGGCAGUAGAAGUCAAAGCUGUGAAUGAGAUAGAAGAGGAAGAGUUAGGAGCAGAUUCACAGGCAGAAGAAGCCUUUGAAACUCGUACCAGUGGAGGCGAUGAUGCGGAAGUGACAUCACAGCCAUCUGAUGUCGAGCACAUUGUUCGCAGAGCUCAUCGCUUGAUUUCCCCCAUCAUGCCUGCAGCUGUAGGUGAUGGGAGGGGCUACUACAACAUGGGGGUGGUCCCCAGAACAUUUGAGGCUGGUGAAAGUUCUGCUCCAGCUCAGCCCAGGAAAGCCCAGAGGAAGAAGAAAACGCUGGCUAAAAGCAAGCCGAGCCUUCCUAAGAGCUACCUGAUGGGUGUAUUUAAGUACUUUGCCAAGACCAAGGUCUCUGCCGAUGUCUACCCUGUCCUCCAAACAAUUUUGGAUCGAUUCUUUGACCGUAUGGCUGAGGACUUGGAAACAUAUUGUCUACACGCAAAGAGGAAAACCAUUGAAGUGGAAGAUGUUGUGCUGCUGUUAAAAAGACAGGGCCAUGUGACUGACCAGGUUCCUGUCGAAGUGCUGAUAGAGAAAUAUCUCCCUAUGGAGUAUCGCCGACUCCUCAUCCCCGUGGCUACCAGCGGGAACGUUGUCGUACCGAAACUUAAGAGAUGA